UUUCUUCACAUAUGUAAAUACACUCGAGAUGGUUUACAAUUAUAACACGGAGUGAAAUUACGUUAGAUAUAAUAAAUGUGAUCCGAAUUAACAUAUUAAGUGUUGCAAUGAAUUCUGGGACAUUUAAUCUGGAGUCACUGAACUCACAGACUUAUGAAAACAAGACUUAUGACGGGUCCUCCAGCUAUCUAUUUUCGGAGACGGAGAGUAAAGGAUUUAAGAAGCCUCGGGCGAGAUAUCUUUAUUUUGGUGGCGCCGCUGUGCUACUAAUAGUUGUUGUGGUAGCGAUUGUACUUGGUGUGACACUGGGCGGGAAGUCCGGGGCUGAAGACAGCAACGUUGAGGGGUCCCGAGGGGAGCAGGCAGGGGGAACGGAAUCAACGGCCACACCCACCGACACUACUCCGUCCUUUUCUUCAACAUCCGAACAUCCAGAGGUCCCUGAUUGGUUAAAGCAGUCAUGUCCUUCUACAGGCACCGCCCCGCAAUGUCCAUGGAGCAAGCCUCCUCUAAUUGUUGUUUCACUGGACGGGUUCCGAGCUGAAUAUCUGUUAAGAAACCUGACGCCGACGAUACAAAAACUACGGGACUGUGGGGUCCAUACACCUUACAUGCGGUCUGUCUACCCAACACUCACCUUUCCCAACCAUUACACCAUCGUCACGGGUCUGUAUCCAGAGUCCCACGGUAUCGUUGGAAACAGCAUGUAUGAUUUUAAAUAUAAUGAGACAUUUUUCAUCGGGGCCAAAACAACUACCAACUCGCACUGGUGGGGAGGAGAACCAAUUUGGGUUACCGCAAGGAAACAGGGACUGAAAACGGCAUCAUACUUCUGGGUUGGUAGUGAAACGAAUAUAUCGGGUUAUCAGCCGGACUACUGGGAACGCUAUAAUGGGAGCAUACCAUACACAUCCCGGAUAGACAAGGCGAUGGAUUGGUUGUCAAUGCCUGACAAUGAGCGGCCAGAGCUGAUAAUGUUGUACUUUGACGAGCCUGAUCACCAGGGUCACGGGACAGGGCCGGAUAGCGAGGAGGUGAAUGAAAUGCUGGGUAAAGUGGACAGUUUGAUCGGCUACUUGAUGAAUUCUCUCCUAGCAAAAAACAUGGACAACUGUGUUAACCUGGUGGUCCUUGCUGAUCAUGGUAUGGCUAGUACUGCAUGCGAGCGCAAGAUCGCCCUUGACACAUGGCUCCCGGAAGUGGAUAACAUGCUUGUCUACUCCGGGACAACCGGAUACAUACAACCUGAGUACCGAAGACUUGGCAGAGACGCCAUCCUCGAGAAUGAACAAGUUGUAUCGACUGAAACAAUAACCAGCUCGUUGGAUUGCAAGAGCGACAAAUUACGGCUGUUUACCAAGACAAAUAUACCUGUCCGGCACCAUUACGCCAACAACUAUCGAAUUGGAGAUGUCGUGGUUGAUGUGCAAGACACCUGGAUGUUUUCCUCCACAAACGACUCCUGGUGUUUGCAUGGAAACCACGGCUACGACAAUGUGUACAAAAGCAUGCACGCCCUGUUUUUGGCUCACGGUCCUGGAUUUAAACAGCAGUACUCUGUGGACCCUUUUGAAAAUAUCGAAUUGUAUAACGUGAUGGCAGCACUAUUGAACAUAACACCCGCUCCAAACAACGGAACGUCUGGUUCCCUGGACAACAUUCUUGCCUCGCCGCCUCCACGUCCUACAGAAGCAACCCACGUGCUUGAAACGUGCAAUGAUGUUGACAGACAAUGUGAUUGUCAGGCCAACUACCAACCUCCUAGUCAUUCCGGAGAAAGCGUAUAUCCCUGGGGUGAACCUUCAAGGCACGGCGGAACAACUUCGUGCAUUUUCCAUGGAAAUAAUGUGUCUGCAUUAUACAGUACACAACUUAUGACGCCUGUUGCUGUUUCGUUUCGAUUAUCAAGAGAACAGGUUGAUACUGACAGUGAUGCCACUGACUGUCUGACGUCCUGCCCUAGUUAUGAAAACUCUGUAUCGAACAUCGUCGUGUCCCGACUGGUUGAUAUUGAAUUUAUCUCACAUAACGAAGCUGAGGCAUGGUGGAACAAAGUACCGCUGUUUUCCGGAUUUAGAACAGGUAUAUGGAGUUAUUUAUGGACCGUUACUAAGGAAUAUGCAUCUACUUAUGGCGAUAUCCACGUUACAACUGGGCCAAUAUAUGAUCACAACAACGACGGUCUUGCUGAUGAAAACGUCCACAACAGUACCAAAUUUGUUGAUGACGCCAUGCACGUUCAGCUGCCCAGUCAUAUGUACAUUAUACUGGUUAAGUGUACACAGAACAACACUUCUGCAAUCACAUGUCCCGACGAGCACCUUGCUGUAUCCUCGUUUGUCCUGCCACAGAUGAACAAAACGGCGAACUGCAUGACGGGUAGGGAUUAUUUGAUUAACAACGCUGCUCGGGUACGCGACAUCGAACACCUCACGGGGCACCAAUUUUUUACAUCCAUGGACGUCCCUCUUGGUGCUAGACUGAGAACGUUUUUGCCACUAGAACUAUGGCCGUUCAGUCUGUCCUCGACAACAAAGCAACCUCAGACAACUGCUCAGAUUACAACCCCAACACCAACGACCAAACCCCAUUCUACAACUCCUCUGCCGGUUUGGCUAGAACAGCCUUGUCCCGCCGACAACAAUCCUCAGUGUCCAUGGAGUGCACCACCUUUAAUAGUUGUUUCUCUGGAUGGGUUUCGGGCAGAAUACCUUCUAAGGAAUCUUACACCUACAAUGCAGAAGCUGCGGGACUGUGGGGUUCAUACACCCUAUAUGAGGGCAGCCUACCCCACGCUCACGUUCCCGAACCAUUACACAAUCGUGACGGGUCUGUAUCCAGAGUCACAUGGUAUCGUUGGAAACAGUAUGUAUGAUUCGAAGCACAAUGGAACAUUUUCUAUCAGUGGAAGUGGCAAGUUUGAUUCGUAUUGGUGGGGUGGCGAACCGAUUUGGACAACAACUCAGAAGCAUGGGAAAAAAGCAGCUUCCUUCUUUUGGGUUGGCAGCGAAAUGAACAUUUCUGGUUACCAGCCAGACUACUGGAUGCCUUACGAUGGGUCGAUCACUUAUGAGGCCCGGAUAGACAAGGCGAUGGAGUGGUUGUCAAUGCCUGACAAUGAGCGGCCAGAGCUGAUAAUGUUGUACUUUGACGAGCCUGAUCACCAGGGUCACGGGGCUGGGCCGGAUAGCGAGGAGGUCAACACAAUGCUGCAAAGAGUCGAUGACCUUAUUGCCUAUCUCAUGGGUUCACUUUUAAGCAAAAAGAUUGACAACUGCGUCAACCUUAUCCUUUUGGCGGAUCACGGUAUGCAGAGUACAUCCUGUGGUCGUAAGGUAGCGUUGAACACUUGGCUCCCCGAGGUGACAGACAUGUUGGUGUAUUCUGGAACAACUGGAUAUAUUCAUCCUGCGUAUCACAGGCUUGGCAGCGGAUCGAUCGUUAAGAAUGACCAGGUUGUUCAAACAGAAACUAUCGUUGAAUCUCUACAAUGCAAAAGUGCGAACGCUCGCGUGUUUUCACGUAAGGACAUUCCCGUGCGCCAUCAUUAUAGCAACAACGAUCGAAUAGGAGAAGUGGUCGUUGAUGUACAUGACUCUUGGCUGUUUGAACCAAAGCCAACUAAAAGUUGUCUUAAAGGUAACCAUGGAUACGACAACGUAUACAAAAGCAUGCAUGCACUGUUUCUUGCACACGGGCCUGGCUUUAAGCAACAAUUUACAGCGGAACCUUUUGAAAAUAUAGAACUCUACAACGUCAUGACAGCAUUACUGAACAUUACGGGUGCUCCGAACAAUGGCACAUCCGGGUCCCUUGACCACAUGCUUACGUCACCACCUGAUCGCUCUACCGAAGCAACGCGCGUUCACGACAUUUGCGCAGCUGUUAAUAGUACGUGUGACUGUCGGUCGAAUUACCAGCCUGCAAGUAAUACGGCACCAAAUGUCUAUCCCUGGGGCGAGCCAUCGCGACAAGGUGGAACCCCUACAUGUAUCGUUCAUGGAAUCAACUUGUCUGCAAUCUACGAUCAACAACAAAUGGUCCCAGUUGUGGUCUCAUUUAGUCUAAGUAAAAAACAGGUUGAAGGAUACCACUCCGAUCCGGAUACCUGUCUGCAAUCCUGCACGGAAUUUACGAACACUGCAAAAGGCAUAGAAACUGUUCGUUUGUAUGAUCCAGCAUUUCUUCCUGGGACAGAAAAUGAGGCAUAUGCUGGGUGGAACAAAAUACCGAUGUAUACAGGCUUUAAAAACGGCAAAUGGAACUACCUUUGGCGAUUGAUUAAUGAAAAUGCUGUUCAAAGCGAUGAAAUUCAUAUCACCACCGGACCAAUCUACGACCACAACUACGAUGGUCUGGCCGAUAUGAGUAGCCACAACAACACCAUGUUUGUAGAUGAAUCCAACUCCGUACCGUUACCAAGCCAUAUAUACACAAUUUUGGUAAAAUGUACCAAAACAAACACGACCCUCUUGGACUGCCAUCCAGAGGACCUAGCAGUCUUGUCAUUCGUGUUGCCGCAUGUAAACGAAACGCAUAAUUGUCUGCCAGAUAAGGAAUACUUGAUCAACAACGUAGCGCGGGUGAGAGAUAUUGAACACUUGACAGGACAACGGUUUUUCACAGCCUUGGACGUGCCACUUAGUGCUAGACUGAGAACAUAUCUGCCACUCGAUUUAUGGUCUACGCCACUCAUCACACCCUGGGUAGAUCUACCAUGUCAACUACCUGAUGAUACAACCUGUCCAUCUGGACCAAAGCCGCUGGUCCUGAUAUCCCUUGACGGAUUUCGUGCCGACUAUCUUCAACGAGGACUCACACCAACAUUAAAGAAAUUGAGCGAAUGUGGGGUCCACGCGCCUUUCAUGAGGCCAGUGUACCCGACAGUGACGUUUCCAAACCAUUACACGAUUGUAACAGGCCUGUACCCAGAGAGUCAUGGUAUUGUGAACAAUGACAUGGUUGAUGAAGAUAUCGGCCAGAUCUUUGGCAUCACUGGUGCAAAUGCAUCUGAUUCAAGAUGGUGGAAAGCGGAACCGAUUUGGAUAACAGCUAAAAAGCAGGGAAAGAGGACUGCAGCACUUUAUUGGCCUGGAGCUGACGUUGACUUCACAGGGGAAUAUGCGGAUUACUGGGAUUCGUACCAGACAAGCGAGAAAGCUGGCAAUCCAGAACGUCUGAAACAAAUACUUGACCUUAUAAAUCUUCCAAACGGGACGAGGCCUGAUUUGAUCGCCGUCCAUUUCGACCAGCCGGAUAUAGCGGGCCACAACGGUGGACCAGACAGCGACGAUGUAAACGGUCAGCUUGAAACAAUGGACAGGAUCAUCAGCGAGAUGAUGUCCGCGCUUUACGAACAAAGUCUCCACAAUUGUGUCAACAUUAUUGUACUUUCUGACCACGGUUUUGCUCCAUCAAACUGUGAUCAGACUGUGCGCAUUAAAGACCUGUAUCCGGAUAUUUCCAACAUGCUGAUGUUUGACGAGGCUGUCGGGCAGAUAUAUACACGCUUUGGUAACCAUAACAAAGGAAAUGUUCGGCUCCUGGACAAAGGUAGUACAGUUUCGGAAGUAUUAAGUAAUUUAACAUGCAAAAACGAUGUGAUGAAAGUGUUCACUAAGGAUCAACUUCCCAAACGACUACACUAUGCCAACUCAGAUCGAAUUGGUGACAUUAUUCUGGAUAUGAAGGAGGAGUGGCUAGUGUACCAGAAUUCCAAGAGUUAUUGCGAUAAUGGAAACCAUGGCUGGGACAAUAUAAAUAAAAAUAUGCAUGCAUUGUUCUUGGCACAUGGACCAGCAUUUAAAGACAACUUCAUUGCGGAACCAUUUGAAAAUAUUGAAAUUUACAACCUUCUGUCAGAUAUUCUAGACAUCACACCGUUGCCUAAUAACGGUACAGACGGAAGUUUAGACUACAUGUUCAAAGACGGUAACAGCAACAAUGCCUUUCCAGAUACUUUAAUAGAUUAUGGCAUUUGCCUUGGCCAUGCCCAGGUACAAGAGGAGUUCUUUCCAUCAUGUGGAUGUGCUUCGAAUACCUCAAAUAUAAACAUCACCACUGACGAGGGACUUUUAGUUAAUGAUAUCUCACAGAUAACAUCACCUCAGAACAUUUGUAUCUUAAACCAGACGGGUUAUAUCACUGGAUUUAAUUCUGAAUUCAAAGCUCCAUCUUGGAUUCAAACAUCAACUCGUAAAUCACAACUUUCAAAUAAAACAACAACGUGUAUCAUUAAUGAUACCCGUGUUGGACAUGAUCCCUGCAGCAUAGAGUUAUCUUCCGGGAUCGGUUUUUAUCCUCUUACUAAAUACGUGUCGGAACACGGGUCGUAUUUAUCAUCGACAGUUAUUCCGUUGUACGAUGAGUUUUACGCAGGAAUAUACACGUUUAUCCACAAACUUAUCGCCGAUUACGACGAUCGUUACGGAGAAAUCAGUGUAUCGGUCGGCACCGUGUUUGACUACAAUAACGACGGCUUGUGGGAAGGAAUCAUAAAUGAAACAGAAUAUGCUGAUGUCAACCAAACUCAGCCGUUACCAUCGCACAUUUACUUUAUUCUUACUAAAUGCAAAGACGGCCAUGCUUUGUCACAAUGCGGAAUUGACCUCGAUGUUCUUCCAUUUAUUAUACCGCAUCUACCCAAGAUACCGAACUGUCUGAAUCCGGGCGCUUAUUUGAAAGACAAUGUUGCAAGAAUACGCGACAUCGAGUUAUUAACCGGCCUCACAUUUAUGAAGUCAUUUGAAAGAGGGACAGGUGCGCGAAUGAAGACAUUCCUUCCAGAAGAGAUAUGGGAAACAAUACUCAUUCAGCCAUGGCAAGACAUGCCUUGUCCAGUUGAAGACAUGUGCCAAUCUGACUAUCGUCCAUUGCUUCUCAUAUCACUUGACGGGUUCAGAGCUGACUAUUUGCUAAGGAAUGUGACACCAACUGUCUCACGCCUUAGCCAGUGUGGAGUUAGAGCCCCCUACAUGCGAUCCGUCUAUCCUACAAAGACCUUCCCCAACCACUAUAGCAUUGUUACGGGUCUGUACCCUGAGUCCCAUGGCAUUAUCGACAACAACAUGUACGAUACUGAGAUGAUGUCAAGAUUUAGUCUCGGCAGUAAGGCAGCCAGUGAUCCUAGCUGGUGGAAAGGCGAUCCUUUAUGGCUAACUGCUAAACGACAAGGUCUACGCACGGCAACGUUCUUUUGGCCAGGGUCGGAUGUGGAAAUAAACGGAUCGUAUCCGGACAUUUGGAGAAAGUACGACGGGUCUGUGUCAUACUUUGCUCGAACGCAAGAAGUGUUGUCUUGGAUGUCUUUGCCAAAAGGAGAGAGGCCGGACUUCGUAACGCUCUACUUUGACGAACCUGACCUAGCUGGCCACAAGUACGGUCCGAGUAAUGAGAAAGAGAUCGGUGCAGCGUUGAAAAGGGUAGACGACACACUUGCAUAUUUGAUGGAAGGCCUUGUACACAGAAACCUACACAAUUGUGUCAAUCUUGUUAUCAUCGCUGAUCAUGGAAUGAGCGAUGUUAAGUGUAAUCAAGUCCUCAAGAUGCAAUACCACGUACCAAACUUAGACUACAGUUACCUUACCAGCAACUUUUGGGUAUGGGAUGGCGCUUUUGGUAGGAUAGCUGACACUUAUAAAUACAACGGCACUGUAAGAGGACCAUACCCCGUAGACAUACCAGCUCCGUCUGAUGAUAUAGUUGCGAAUCUGACUUGCGCCAGUCCGCAUAUGAAUGUGUUUACGAAGCCCAUCAUGCCUGUCCGCCACCAUUACACCAAUAACAUCAGAAUCGACAACAUCAUUCUCGACAUGGAUCCAGGGUGGCAAGUUACACGGUAUUAUGUAAGUUCUUGCACUGGCGGGACCCAUGGAUACGAUAAUAUAUAUCGUUCAAUGGAAGCCCUUUUCCUAGCACAUGGACCGGCGUUUAAAUGGAACCUUACAGUUGAUGCAUUUGAAAACAUCGAAUUGUAUAAUAUGUUCUCAGACAUUUUGAAUAUCACCGCUUCCCCGAACAACGGUACAGCUGGAUCCCUCGACCAUCUGCUGCAGAAUCCAAGAACGCAUUCAACAGAAACAUUCACACCCUAUGUUGAGACUUCCAAGUUUUCAACUGCUGAAGAGUAUGCUACUAUAACGAGCGGAAACCCUUGUUUUAGGAAUUGCAUUUCAUUUACAAAAGAACAUAUGCGCACAUUGUGUGAGAAUGUUACAUCAAGUAAUACAAAUGACAAGCACAUUCCAUUUGGACAACCGGAGCUUGAAAGUGUAUACUUUUCUAAACGAAAAGUCGUAAUUUCACAUUUACCUGUUGCGACCAUCGGAUAUGACCAAGAUCAAGAUGCGUCUUUUUGGGUCUCACAAACAUUUACCAAUGUGCGAGAGAAUAUAAGUGCAGAUUCCGGUUGUUCAUUACCGGAUCCAAAUAUAUUUAAAAAUGUUUCCGGGUCAAGGAUCUGUUCUACAGAUGAUGCUGUGUCCACCAGCACGCUUCUCCUAGGAGAUCAAAGUGGCAUGUUUGACUUCGUAUCUUCAACAAUGGCGAUCAUGAAAACCGGAUUUUUAAACAAUGUAUGGACACCGCUGCUCACUUUUCUACGCGAAGCUGUGGUCAUGCAAACAGAAGUUAAUGUGGUUGUUGGACCUGCAUUUGAUCACAACUUUGACAGCCUUCCAGACUUAAUAUCACACAAUAGUACGUUGAUGACGCCAAGUCAUUUCUACAUUGUACUGUCCCAUUGUUCCGGGGAUAGUUUAUCCAAAGAUUGCCAAAACAAAUCUAUAUCCUCUUAUAUACUACCUCAUACCGAAAACAUCACAAUAUGCAAGAAUUUCAGCAUGUACAUGUUAGAAAACGAGGCUCGCCUGCGAGAUGUGGAAAUCCUAACUGGCCUCUCCUUCCUGUCCGACCUUUCAACAUCUGUGAAAGUUCAGUUGAAAACUCGGCUCCCGGUAUCCCGUGUAUCAACAGCGUUAGGAGAGAAUUGAAAUAUUUAUUUGUUCUGAGUAAUAUGUACGUACGGCUAAGUCGGAAGUAACAUUCCCUGGAAUUAAUUAGAAGACUCGACAUUGAGUAUUGCCUAUGCUGAAGACAAAAAGAAUUAAUGGAAUCAACUUCCCAUGAACUCGUCUUGUUAUCUGUGACAGGUUUAACUUUGUCAUGUGCAGAAUUAUCAGCAUCAUUAACAAUAAACAAUCAAAAAGGAUAGUGACUCUAGAUGCAUCCUUAUGUACGUCAUUAUCAUCCAUUAUGUGUUUUUGUUUGAUUUUGGUUAUAAAAUGUUAUAUUAGUAAACGCUAAACAGAG